AUGUUUGUCAAGUUGAUCCUUACUUGUGGCUUGGUGAGCUUAGCUCGCGGAGGACUAAUCGCUGCGCCCCACGGAGCUUUAUCUUCACAAAGCAUCGUUCUGGGUGCUCCAGCUUAUGGCGCUGGGUAUGCAGCACCAGCGCUGGGUAUCGGCAGUGCGGUUGUCUCGCAUGCUGCUCCUUUUCUACGAGCUCCUAUUGCUUCCUAUGGGCACGCAGCUCCUGUUGAAAUUUAUGCCCACCCUCGUUAUACUUUCAAUUAUGGAGUCGCUGAUGGCCACACCGGUGAUCAGAAGAGCCAAUGGGAAACCCGUGACGGUGACGUGGUGAAGGGGCAGUAUUCCCUUGUCGAACCCGAUGGUACUCUCCGCACCGUCGACUAUUCUUCUGAUGCCCAUAAUGGAUUCAACGCUGUUGUUAGCAGACAAGGCCAUGCUGCACAUCCAGCUGUGGCUCCCGUCGUUGCAGCACCAGCUUAUGGACAUGGCCAUUUGCUUGGAUAGACUACUCCACAACAUACCAAUCUUCUGUACGGCGACUAUUUAUUACCUAGUUAAUUAUAGAACUCGGACGGAACGCGACAACGAAACAGAACGAUACGUGGUCCUUCGAGCCGGGUCACGUACGUUAGGCUCGGCGUUUCAUAAUCUGUAUCCAGGGACUACACGGCCCAAAGUUAGAUUUCACUCAUUUAUGUGAUCACAUUAGAGUCUUAUUUUAUUUUACUUUUGUAUUAUAUUUUCUUCUAGUGAGUAAGGUUACAUUUUAUGAAACGUUAGACUCAACGCCUACGGUGUGCCAAGCAACAAUUUUGGAUUUGUGACUGAUCUUAG